UUAUAAUUACGUCAUAUGUUGUUAUUGCAUAAGCGAUAAACAUACGGCGAUCAGGUCGCGCGUCGUCGCGGAGCAGCCACCGUCGUAUCGGUGUGUCGCACGCGGGUAUAAUAUAUAAUGAUGCUAAUGCGCGUAGAUGAUCGGCAGGUGGCGUGGAGGGUUGCUGCUGCCUUGCGUACGGUCUUACACGCGCGCGCGAUCCCGCUUAUAAGGGUGGGUAGCAGCCGAGGCGAGGGCGGCGUCGCGGCGCCUGUAACGAGAGUGCUCGGCAUUAUCGACCUGUACGCCAUCUGAUUUUCCGCCGCGUCGUUUCCCGACGAAACGCAGUUCGCCGCUCAUUCACGUUCGCUACGAUCCCGUGCCCGAAAAAACACAAAGAUACUCACUUACACACACACUGACUCAUUGCACACACACAAACACUCACUCACACAUAAACACACAAGCACUCACUUACAUACAUGCAUACAAGUCCUUACUUACACACACACACACACACACAUAUACACACACGUCGGACGUAAUAUUAUAUUAUCAUAAACAUAAUAUACUGUGACCGAUCAUCCUUACUAUCACUUCGCCGUCGUUAUAAAUUAUUAUUGUUGACGUUGCGAAUCGAUAUACGAGUUUCGAUUUUUCUGGUUGAUUUCGCUGCCGUCGCGUCCCUCGGUUCACCGCCCCGCGUUGCAUGUACGCGGACAGUCCAAUGCGGCUUUCACUGUGACCGUAGUCGCAGACUCUCCGCGGUGUACCCUCGCCGACGUAACGUUCGGGGUGCUAGAAGGACGGUAGCGAAGCCGAGAACGACGGCGACGGCGACGGCAGCUUCGGGGGUGGUGCGGGCGGUGGCGGUGGCGACAACGAAGACGACGACGACGACGACAGAGGCUGCAGUGGCGACUGUUGAUCGGUUUGACGAAUUCACCGUCAUGGACGACAUGACGUCGAAGGCCGAUUGACGACCACCGCCAGUAAGUCAUGAAACAGAAGAAGAAGAAAGACGAACCACAGCGGCCGCCGUCCAGUACAGACGAACAGCAACAGCAACAGCAGCAGCAGCAGCAGCUAUGCAACGGUGCAGGCGAGCCAAGACCCAAGAAAUCGGCGCUGAAACGCACGGCGACCGUCGGCGGCUCCAAAGCGACCAAGUCCGGCAAGCACAAGCGGCACGUGCAGUUCAACGAAAGCCUGAACGUGUUCUUCGAGUCAGACUAUGUGAUCGUCAUCCGGGACGACGACUGCGAGUUCGACGAGGAGGACUUUGACUUUUGGUCGCAGCAUCCGUGCAGCUGUGGCGAUGCCACGUGUUUCCAGCCGUGGCUGGACGAUGACGACGGCCGUGGUAUGCCGCCACUCGACCCGUACGAAGAACAACCAGCCACGCUCAGUCCACCGGAUGGUUACAAGGACGGCUGUCCCAGGCACGUUCCGCCGUCUCUGGAUCAUCUGAAAUACGAUGAUGAUUUGGCUACAAGAUAUGGUUCGGAUAUGAUGGACAGCUGCAGCGAUACGCAUGUCGCUAUGCCAUAUAAUUCCAAUGUCAACUCCACGUCCUAUUUCGAGGAUAACAAUCAAAAAGCUCGUCAUGAACUUUCGUCUUUACCCCGGCCAAGUAAAGAUGAACAAAAGCAGCAACAGCAGCAACAGCAGCAACAGCAGCAGCAGCAACAGCCACAGCCACCGACAAACGCAUCUGCUCUUCAGUUGUCGAAAACAAACACUGUCUGUGAUACAAAUUCAAGUACAGGCCAGCAACCACGGUGUAUCGUGGAAACGAUAACCAUGACCACAGUUACCGAGAGGCAGAUCGUGCAGGAGACCAGGCCCGUUGACGUGCCCGGUGUUGACGGCGCCUGCAAGGCCGAAGAUGCAAAAGACGUCACCGGUGCCACUGCCGUCGCCCCCGAUGAGGGGUAUGUAAUGAUUAAAUGUGGUAAUAAUACUAUGCUGUACAACAACCGGAACCCAAACUCGGCAGUGCGACAGUUAUUUCCGACCACGAAGUUCGUAUGCCCACCAACUCGAAUCAAGGAGACGGACGACGCGAGGCUGCUGAAUAAAUACUUAAUCACGGAAGAGUCACUCCGGGCGUUUGACAGUCGAUCGAUGAACGGCGGCUUGGGCGGCGGAGGAUUCAAGAGCGAACCACACAGCGACGACGAUGACGACGACACGUCGAACAGCCUUAUCAGGCGAACCAUCGAACGAAGUACUUUGAGGCGGAACACCGUGAAAAAAAAGAACGUCAACGACUCCAAAGAGAUAUCGCUGAUAGAGAAGAUCCGGCGGCUGACGUGCGAUAGCGACGACGAUGCAGACGACCCGACCAAGAAGACGUCGGGCGUCAUGCAAGAACAGGCGACCGCUUACACUGUGUUGGUGCAGUGUGAUUCGGGGACGCCGUCCACAACCGCCGCUACUCCGGCGUACAAAAAACUCACAGACUUGUUGGGCAGUGGUAGUGGUGGUGGCCGGUAUGAUCAACCACUGCCACUACCAGUUGUUCAAUCAACGGCUGACGGUGACCCAAUUGGCAAAGCCGACGGACUAGAUCUAUGCGACGGUCACUCAGCUGCUAACAGCAGAGCAACCGUCCGAUCAGCGACCGGUGGAAAACCUUUCCUGUCCACGCUAGCGACGGCGUGCGUCACAGGCAACGUUCAUCCGGCCACCGGAGGAUCGGUGGCGGGAGGCGCACCGCAAACAUCGCACUGUCCGCAACCAGACGUGGUAGCCGGCACUCAAGCUCCUAGUUCACACAGACAGGAAGAGCUUGCGGCGUUCGUGCAACAGGACUCGGGCCGGCUGGAGAAGAUCCGCAAGCGGUAUAUGCCACCCACGGCCACUGCAUCCGCGUCCGCGGCUGAGGACGAGGACGAUGAGAACGACGAUUACGGCUUUAACCGGCGACCGGAAGUGCAUGGAAUUCGCUCCGGGUUCUCUGCACAGAUCACCAUCAAAAACAAUCCACAGCCUCCUCAACGUCCCCGGUCGUAUUAUGGUGAACCAGCCCUUCAGACGACGCCACUCGAUGUCCAGCCUGACUUUGUGCCCAGAUAUCAGGCGGCCACGGUGGCGUCUGUCCGCGCUCGGAUCCAGGGUGACCCGCGGGCCCCUCCACCGUACCCGGCCGCGUCCCAACGGUCCAUUAUCAGAGUGACGCACGGCCAACAGCAGCAGACCAUUCGCGUGCCGUACCAGGCGGUCGGUCCCGUCCAAGUGCACCUGUUGACCACAGCUGCAGCGGCCGCGUCCACCGCCACUGGCAACGUCACCGGUCACCCGCCGCCGCCGCAGGUUCAAAUUCGACAUCCACCUAACGAGUACAUCGUCCAACACGGCCAUGCCAGAAUACACCAUGGCCAACAGUUUGUUAUAGCCCGUGGUACCCAGACGGCCGCGAUAUCGACCACUCGAUACUACCAGUUACCACCGCCCCCGCCGCCUAACAUUCAACAGCAGCAGUUAUCGCAACCGCAGUUACCGCCUCACGCUUUCCAACCGUCUGAAGAACAUCCGGUGACACAAUUUAAACAGACAUCUCCCACCAGAGGAGUUGCAGCUAAUAAUAGACUGCACAUGCAACAGCAGCAGCAGCAACAAGACUAUGUCGACCAUAACUUACCAUCGUCGGUCUCGCAGACGCCCAAAAACCCUAUGCUUUUUUAUGGUAUGAAUGUCUGAAUGGUGGUGGUGUAUAGGCUCAGUAUAGCGCGUACAUGUACUAUUAGUAGGUACCUAAUAUUAUACAUCAUAGUACCUAUCAUAGGCGUAACUAGACCUCUAAAAUGUGGGGUGCUAUAAUAUUUCAUAUUUUAAAACCAUUUCAAUAUGAUUAUGAUAGUUAGACCUAAAAAACAAGAGGUGCUAAAUUAGAACUUGGGGGUGUUAACGACCUUUUUGUACCACCCUAGUAGCGCCAAUGGUACCUAUGUGUAUAUAUGUGUGUAUGUAUGUAUGUGAGUAUGUAUGACGUAUGUAUAACGUUUAACGGUUCUUAAAUAAGUUUUAUUAUAACAACUAGGUACAUUAAUAAAUUAUGAAUUCGUUUUCGAUGCAUUAAUACUGCAGUUGUCGCUAAGAGCUAAAAGAUUUAACCAUACCUACAACAACAAGUUAAAUUUCGGUAUAAUUUAUGAGUAUUAUGUGAUUAUAAAUUAUAUAAUAAUAUGUACUUACCUACCUAUUGUAAUAUACAUGUCUUCCUAUAAUA